AUGUCUAAACUACUGGAGACUUUGGACUCAGAGUUUAACAAACUCUAUUCCUCUGAUGCAUCUGAAGAGACGCCUUUGAAGUUGUAUCUUAAGGAAACACACGAGUUUAAGGUGCAUUUAAAGAAAUUGAAAGCUCAUUUAAAUAAGCAUAUCGAGGAAUCGGAAUUACAGAUAAAGGGUAAUGGAGACGUGGAUAAGUUGAAUUCCAAUAGAAUGGAUAAGAAGCAUGCUUUAAUAGUAGAAAAGUUGAAUAGGUCGCAUAAAAACUGGAAUAAUUCAAUCAAGAAACAUAAGAAACUCGCAAAGCAACAUUAUGAUGGUUUCAAUAAAAACGCACUUGUUAAAUUAAAAAAAUUUGACAUCGAUGACGUUUAUGUGAAUAAAUUACCGGAGAAUUCUCAGAAAUAUAUCAAUCAGGCUAUAGGUUUACAUAUAGCAAGGUACAACAUUAGUAUGUUACCUGUACAGGAGAAAUCUGAUGUUUUAAAGUAUUUACAAGACGUAUAUGGAUUAGACAAAAGAAUAGCUGAGCAUUUUAUAAUAAUGGGGCAAAUUGUGGAGUCUUUAAAGAGUGGUAAAUUGGAUAGCUGUCCUGAGUGGUGCAACAUGCAGAAAGAGAAAUCAGCUUCAAAAUCCCCUACAAUCUCUAUCUUAGAAUAUGAAAUAUAUGUGCUAAAGGGAUUACAGAUGAUUAAAGAGAAUUCCGUUUUAGAUGUCUGUAAAUAUUUGAUAACCGCCAUUCCUGCGAACACUCUUAAUGAGAAGGAAAUUAAAAAUGGCAAACAUGUAGCAGAGUUAUUGACAAGGCUAAUGUUGGGUGAAAAGAUCGAAAAUAUUGAUGAAUUAAUAAAGGAAAAGACCGAUCUCUGUAUCAAAUUGUUCACAGAUGAAUAUUGUUUGAAAAAUCAAUUACCGUUUGAUUCUCCUUUGUUCUUGAUUGUAUUAAGUGGAUUAAUAUCAUUUCAAUUUUUCAUUAAAUAUAAUCAAAUCAGGGCAUAUUCCCACGUUGGUUGGACUACACAAGAUGAGUUACCAUUUGAUGUUUCGUUGCCUGAAUUUCUUUCUAGAUUUCAUCCAAUCUUCAUAUGCCCUGUUCUUAAGGAAGAAACUACGAGAGAUAAUCCUCCAUACUCCCUGGCAUGCCAUCAUGUUAUCUCAAAGAAAGCAUUAGACAGGUUAUCAAAGAAUGGUAGUUUAUCAUUCAAAUGUCCUUAUUGUCCUGUACAUACAUCAAUGGCUAAGACGAAGAAAGUCAAAUUCAUAAUGGUAUAA